UCCUUCACUUUCUCUAUUGAUUGUCUUAGAUUUGCACCCAUUUUAUCUCGUUUCUAUUCUGUAAUUUGUUAUUCACGGUUCACAAUCAUCAUAAACAGAGGCGGACCCAUAUGAACCCCCUGAACAAAAAAAUUCUACUUACCCCCUGUAAUAUUUUUUUCUGAACCCCCUGAGAUUUUAUAUUUGCACCCAGACCCCCCACUUACUCCUCUCUCACACACUCACAUACUCUGAUACUCACGCUCUCACCCUCUCUAAUUCACGCUCACCACUACCAGUCACCACGCCCAGACGCCCUCACCCUCGCACCCUCAUCACGGCACGGCGGCACCACCACCGUCCACCACCACGCCACCACCAGUCCAGUUCUCCUUUCUCUUCUCAAGCUUGAUUUUCCCAAGCAACCAUGAAUAUGAUUUUCCCUAAAUCUGGAAUCCCUAAUUCUAAAUCCCUAAUUCUCCACCUUGGCUUGUAAUUCUAUAUCCUAUUCCUACUCCUUCAAACCUCGCCUCGCCUUGCCUUCCCUUCGUAUGCAGUAGUUAGGCGUAUCUGCAUUCUGCGCGGAGGUGUUCGAUAGAUAAUAGGGUUUCCCUCCAUUUCCGUUUCCAUUUCCAUUUCAUAGUGUCGUCCUCCUCCUUCUCUACGGUAUAGGAGGAUAUCUUAAGCUGGCCACUGCAAACAUAUAUAAUGUCUGAAGAGGUUGGAUCUAUGUUGGUAGUUUAUGAUGAUCCCUCUGACCAACACUCACUAUCUUUGGGUGAUACAAGCAGCACCGAGGAGUCACCUGAUGAAACCAGGCUCUCCUUGGAAACAGCUAAUGCUGCUAUUCCAUAUAUUGGUCAAAGGUUUGCUACUCAUGAUGCUGCUUACGAAUACUAUAGUGAAUUUUCCAAGAGGUGCGGCUUCUCAAUUAGACGUCACCGUACUGAGGGAAAAGAUGGUGUUGGUAAAGGACUUACCAGACGCUACUUUGUUUGUCACCGCGCUGGUAAUACUCCAGUCAAAACAUCAACUCAAAGUAAACCUCAAAGAAAUAGAAAGUCUUCUCGAUGUGGCUGUCAAGCUUACAUGCGGAUAAGCAAAACAACAGAAUUUGGAGCUCCAGAAUGGCGCGUCACUGGAUUUGCUAACCAUCAUAAUCAUGAACUUCUGGAACCUAACCAAGUUCGGUUCCUUCCUGCAUACAGAACUAUCUCAGACACCGACAAGAACCGAAUCCUUAUGUUUGCCAAAACAGGGAUUUCUGUUCAUCAAAUGAUGAGGCUUAUGGAGCUUGAGAAGUGUGUGGAACCUGGGUUUUUACCUUUUACUGAAAAGGAUAUAAGGAAUUUACUCCAGUCGUUUAGGAAAUUAGAUCCAGAAGAAGAAAGCUUAGAUUUAUUGAGAAUGUGCAGAAACAUUAAGGAGAAAGAUCCUAAUUUUAAAUUUGAGUACACACUUGAUGCAAACAACCGUUUGGAAAACAUUGCUUGGUCCUAUGCCUCAUCAAUCCAAUUGUAUGAUAUAUUUGGUGAUGCCGUGGUGCUUGAUACAACACAUCGCCUCACUGCAUUUGACAUGCCGCUAGGGAUAUGGGUUGGAAUAAAUAAUUAUGGAAUGCCUUGCUUUUUUGGCUGUGUGCUUCUGCGGGAUGAAACUGUCAGGUCAUUUUCCUGGGCAGUGAAGGCUUUCUUAGGGUUUAUGAAUGGAAAGGCUCCACAGACUAUAUUGACUGACCAAAAUAUAUGUCUCAAAGAAGCACUAGCUGAAGAUAUGCCAACAACAAAACAUGCUUUCUGUAUAUGGAUGAUAGUAGCAAAGUUCCCAUCUUGGUUCAAUGCUGUUCUAGGGGAACGUUACAAUGAGUGGAAGGCUGAAUUUUAUAGACUUUAUAAUCUUGAGUCAGUGGAGGAUUUUGAACUAGGCUGGAGGGAAAUGGUUUGUUCUUUUGGGCUGCAUUCAAAUCGGCACAUGGUUAAUUUAUAUAGCUCUCGUUCACUUUGGGCAUUGCCAUUUUUGAGAAGCCAUUUUCUUGCGGGAAUGACUACAACAGGUCAGUCAAAGUCAAUCAAUGCUUUCAUUCAACGAUUUCUGAGUGCACAAACACGGCUGGCUCAUUUUGUUGAACAGGUAGCUGUUGCUGUGGAUUUUAAAGAUCAAACUGGAGAACAGCAAACCAUGCAGCAGAAUCUUCAAAAUGUUUGCCUCAAAACAGGAGCCCCAAUGGAAUCACAUGCUGUCACAGUCCUCACUCCUUUUGCCUUUUCAAAGCUUCAAGAACAACUUGUGUUGGCAGCACAUUAUGCAUCAUUUUCAAUUGAAGAUGGUUUUCUUGUGAGACACCACAUAAAAACUGAAGGAGGUCGGAAAGUUUAUUGGUCCCCUCAGGAAGGAAUCAUAAGUUGCAGCUGCCACCAGUUUGAAUUCUCUGGAAUUCUAUGUAGGCAUUCUCUUAGAGUUCUUUCAACAGGAAAUUGCUUUCAGAUCCCAGAUAGAUAUCUUCCCAUUCGUUGGCGUCGUAUGAGCGUGCCCUCUUCUAAGCUUCUUCAAAAUGCAUCAAGUGAUCAUGCUGAAAGAGUUAAGUUAUUACAAAAUAUGGUUUCAUCUCUGAUUAAUGAAUCUGCUAAGUCUAAGGAACGAUUAGAUAUUGCAACAGAACAAGUUUCCAUCCUUCUUUCUCGCAUAAGAGAGCAACCAAUUUCAUUACAAGGGGUCAGAGAUAUGUCUUCCAUUAAUAGAAAUCUGACUCCAGGAUACAAAAUAUAGUAGCAUUGGUGGUCUGCGGUUCCAUAAAUAGGAGGUAAACUAAAUGUUUAUGAGAAAGCAUAGAAUUUGGAUUUUUUCAUUCUAGGUUGAAACUAUUUGAAAGGGGGGGGGGGAGCUGUCUAUUGGCUUGAAAUUAUUCUGCAGUGAAAUUUCUGUAGGGUGGUAAACGCCAAGUUCAUUGUAUUAGGGAUUCCGUUCUGUACAAAUGUAUAGGAAAUUUGUUCAUAUGCAUCCUUAUAUUAAUUGCAAUCUAUCCUUAUAUUAUUUUCAA